UUUUGCCUUUGCUUGUUUUGGUGUCAGGAACUGGCCAAAGGCCCGGUGACCCACAUUCUCUAAUGCUGCAUGUUAGCUACAGCUAGCUCACUCCGGCUAAAAGUGGGUUGACAUACAUAUGUGAGAUUGUUGCGGGCGAGUUAACUGCUCGCUGCGUUACGUUACAAACUCGUGAGGCAGCUGGAAAAUCCCGCGUAUGUGAUUUUUGACGACUAGUGGAUCACUGACAGCGUGUGUCGCGUGUCGCAGUGAGUGUGUUAAACUGUUAUAAAGCUGAUGUUGUAUUUUACAAUUUGACGUUAGCUCGUAAGCUAGGUGGCGUUAGCUGUGUAGCUGCCGGCCGGCGUCGUCGGAAGGACAGACGUGUUACACCUGGUUCGUCACUUCACACACGGCGGAGUGGACCGUAGUUCUGGAGACUUUACAUACUUGACAUCCGCUCACGACUCUCCGACUUGUGUUCUUCCCACAUCUGCUGCUUCUUCUUUGCGAGGGUGAAGAAUUCAGAUUAGAUUACUAAUCUGUCAAGCGGCGAAGCGGUUAUUGAAUCAGCCGUCACUCAUAGACAUAAGACUCAGAUGUUGCUGCCAUGUGCCACACUCUUGCCCGAAGCAGACGAAAAACUCAGCUCAAAGACCUUUUGAUCGAGGACAUUUUCAGAGACUCUCCUCCAGGACUCGCAGAGCUCUGCCACCACAGUGUAUCCACUCAGCCCCUGUCUUCAUCCAGAAGAUGCUUUCUCAUGCUUUCACCACACUGGCUGUACUGUCAGUAAGGUUUAUUCCCAAAUGUCUACCUCACGAUUAAAAGACCCCUCUCCAACACUGCGACCCUGAACAGGAUUCAAAAUGACCUCGAGCAUUGACAGGGAUGAUAGCAGUAUCUUUGAUGGGCUAAUGGAAGAAGAUGAGAAGGACAAAGCAAAACGUAUGUCACGCAACAAGUCUGAGAAGAAACGCAGAGACCAGUUCAAUGUCCUCAUCAAGGAACUCGGCACAAUGUUGCCGGGAAAUACCCGCAAAAUGGACAAGUCCACUAUUUUGCAGAAGAGCAUCGACUUUCUACACAAACACAAGGAAAUCGCUGCUCAGUCGGAGUCAACAGAGAUCAGACAAGACUGGAAGCCUCCUUUUCUUAGCAAUGAAGAGUUCACUCAGCUGAUGUUAGAGGCAUUAGAUGGAUUUUUUCUUGCAAUUAUGACUGAUGGGAAUAUAAUCUAUGUUUCUGAGGGCGUGACGUCUCUACUAGAACAUUUGCCUUCUGACCUUUUGGAUCAGAACCUGUUAAACUUCCUACCCAUGGGGGAGCAAUCAGAUGUGUACAAGGCUCUAUCCUCUCAUAUCAUGGAGGGAGAGACACUCACACCUCAGUAUCUGAAAACAAAAAAUCAGCUUGAGUUCUGUUGCCACAUGCUCCGAGGGACGAUUGACCCCAAAGAGCCUCCUGUGUACGAAUAUGUCAAGUUUAUUGGAAACUUCAAGUCCCUGAAUAAUGUGCCUAACUGUACCCGAAACGGUUUUGGAGGAGUGAUUCAGCGUUCACUUCACUCUGCCUUUGAAGACAGAGUGUGUCUCAUAGCAACUGUAAAGCUAGCCAAACCACAGUUUAUCAAGGAGAUGUGCACUGUAGAGGAGCCUAAUGAAGAAUUCACCUCCAGACAUAGUUUAGAGUGGAAAUUUCUCUUCUUGGACCACAGAGCUCCACCCGUCAUAGGUUACCUCCCGUUCGAGGUCCUGGGUACGUCGGGAUAUGACUACUACCACGUCGAUGACCUGGAAACACUGGCUAAAUGCCAUGAACACUUAAUGCAAUAUGGCAAAGGAAAGUCCUGCUACUACAGAUUCCUUACCAAAGGGCAGCAGUGGAUUUGGCUCCAGACCCACUACUAUAUCACCUAUCAUCAAUGGAAUUCCCGACCAGAGUUUAUUGUUUGCACACACACUGUUGUUAGUUAUGCUGAGGUGAGGGCUGAACAACGCAGAGAGCUUGGAAUUGAAGAAUCACCACUGGAGAUCACAGCAGAUAAGCACUAUCAGGAUUCAGGCUCUGAGUCCCAGCUCAACACUUCCAGUCUGAAAGAGGUUUUAGAGCGCUUUGAUCACAGCCGGACACCCUCUGUCUCAUCUCGCAGCUCACGCAAAUCAUCACACACAGCUGUGUCUGACCCAGCCUCAUCACAAAUGAAGCUUCAGGGAGACCGGAGUACAUCAGGUCGCCAAUCUGUCUCUGCCGUUGAGAUGACAUCACAACGGAGGUCGUCUAUCAGCAGUCAGCAGUCGAUGAGCUCCCAAAAUACAGGACAAAACGUAACUCCAUCCAUGGUUUGUCAACAACAGCAGCAGCAACAACAACAAGUACAGAACAGUGGACAAUCAAUGGUGCAGUUCUCCAACCAGUUAGAUGCCAUGCAGCACCUGAAAGACCAGCUGGAGCAGAGGACCAGGCUGAUAGAGGCCAAUAUCCAGCGGCAGCAGGAUGAGCUGCGGCAGAUUCAGGUGGAGCUGCAGAGGGUGCAGGGACAGAACUUACAGGUGGCCCAGGUGAAUGCUGUGGUGCAGCAAGGAGGGACGCUCAGCAUGCAGGGCCAGGUCAUCUCUACAGGGCCUUUACAGAACAGCAUAAAGCAACAACAACAUGCUGUCCAGCCCCAAUCCCAGCAACAAACACUCCAGGAACAGAGUACAGCACUCUCUCAGUCUCAACGGCCAUCUCUCACUCUGCAACCACAACAAAAUCCACUGCCUGUGUCUCUCUACAACACGAUGAUGAUCCCUCAGCAAAGUCCUGCCAACGUGGUCCAGAUCGCCACGAGCCUGGCACAGAAUACUGGACACAACACUCCCGCAGUGGCAACAUUUGCGCAGGACCGUGGUGCUCAGAUUAGGUUUCCUGCUGCUCCUCAGCUGCUCACCAAGCUAGUGACAGGACAGAUGGCAUGUGGGGCUGUCAUGGUCCCCACGACCAUGUUCAUGGGUCAAGUGGUGACGGCUUUCGCUCCCCAGCAGGGCCAGACCCAGACCAUUAGCCUUUCCCAGCAGCCACCACAACAGCAGCAACAUCAACAGCUGGAACAGACGCAAUCGCAGGUCACAGCCAUGCAGCCAGGGCAGACUCCACUGGCUCAACAGCAAACGCAGUUUCUGCAGGCUCCUCGGCUUCUUCAUGGAAAUCAGUCCACACAGUUGAUCCUGCAGGCGGCGUUCCCUCUGCAGCAGCAGGGUACUUUUGCCGCCACAACCCCACAGCAGCAGCAACAACAAUUACAACAGCAGUUGCAACAGCACCACCAUCACCACCAACAACAGAAGCAGUUACAACAGCAGAAACAGCAGCAGCAGCAGCAGCAGCAGCAACAACAGCAGCAGCAGCAGCAGCAGCAGCUGGCUCCUCACAGAACUGAUAGUUUGUCUGACCGCUCCUCGAUGCAGCCACAUUAGCUGGCUACAGCCGAUCAGAAGUGGAGUGGGACAAACCUGUGCCUCCGAGGCUCGGGAAGUGAUUUGGGGGCGGGCUGUGGCUUCCCUCGCCUCAUACGGAUCUUUAAUUGUUUUGCUGUUUGCACAUAAUUCUGGAGCUCAAGGCACCACAGAGAAUCCAGGACUGGGCUCAUUGUGGCUCUGGGUAGUUGGUGUUUGGCUCCGUAUUGAAGCCUUUUCUCCAAGAACAUGGAGCCAUGUUCCCUGUGAAGGACAACCCCCUCCCCCCAGCCCCUCCUUGUGUGUUCAGUGGAUGCGUGAGUGUGUGUUUGUGUAUGUGUGCGCUCUAAGUAACCUCACAGGAUUAUUUUAUGCAGAGCUCACCAGUUAAUGCUGUGAAGCUUCAAGGACGUCCUGCAAAACAGCCAAAGGCUUUUUUGUCUUGGAUGCUUUCUCCUAUUCUCGUUUUUGUCAAAAAAAAAGAAGAUAAUUAUGGGUCAGAAAAUAUUUUUAAGAAUGUGGUGUAGAUUGAACUUUUAUUGUACAGAACAUUGUGUGUAAUAUGUAAUGUAAAUAUACUGAAAAUCUACUAUUUUAUAUGAUGCAUGAGGUGAAAUGCGUAUUCUGUUCUUCACAGCUUUGAAUAUGCUUUUUUUUCUAGUAAUCAACGAAAAAAAGAUCUUAAAAUGCACAGUGGCUGAUAUUUUUCACAGACUUCCUUUCUCCGAGAGGAUGCGUUUGUUUGUGCGUCUGCAUAGCAUACUCCGUCAACACUGCUUGUUGUGUCACAGUUUGUAAAAAUCCUUGACCCAUAUUUUCACAGAAUUUCAUAAAACUGUCAAAGACGAUAUGCAUUUUAAUGUAUUUUUAAGCUUUUUAAUGUGCUUAGAACUGCACACUAAAGACUCCAAAUACAGCUUGAGUCACAUAUUGUGAAUGAAAUAAAUACUACCAAGAUUAAGCUACCUGUACGGUGUCUGAAGACACUUAAUUCCACAUAUAAACAUGUGUCACUUAUAGAAGACAUACAGUAUAUAUUGUUAACAUGUUGCUAUCUUUCUCAGACUGAGCUUCAGUUAAAUGAUAUACCAAAUGAUUUCCCAUCAGUUUGCUCCGCAUCCAUUCAGCCUGAUCACUUUCUGGAGUUUCUGGAGAGGCAGACGCUGGUGCAGUGAUUCCCCAAAGUGUGGACUGCACAGGAAGGCUGUGAGAGGUUAUAGAUGCAUACAAUUGUGUUUUGAUUUUCAGUUUCAUUAUUAAGUUUCAAAUCAUCAUUACAUGCUCACAGUCACUUUUAAGAAGUCAUCGAAGUAAUAAAACCAAGCUGUGGGAUUUGAAA